AUGGAAGCUUUGCGUGAAAAGUGGUCGAGCUGGUUUGCCAGUGAGCAAGGAUCCAAUGGACUUGCGGGCAUCCUGUCGUCGAAGGAGAAGUUUCUGUACGCCGUAGCAGCAGCCGCUGUUGUGUCCAGUACCUCUGUCCUCGAUAACCUGGUCAUGUACCGCCGAGGUGGACAGAAAGCUGAAGGCAAAUCUACCCAAGGGAACGGUACAAUGAACGAGGUUGCGUCACCGGCAACGGAUCCCUGGUACCGAUCGCUGCGCAAGCCGUGGUUUCACCCGCCGAACUGGGUAUUUCCGGCAGUGUGGAUUCCACUCAAGGCGCUGCAGACGGGAGCACUUUACCUCGUCUGGACAAGCGAGGAUGUAUCGUUACUCAAAAGAUUGACUGCAACUGGUCUAUAUGUCAUCCAUAUCAGUUUGGGGACGCUAUGGAAUCACUUGUUUUUUGGGAAACACAAGAUUCGCAAGUCGUUGUACGCUAUGGGAGGUUUCUAUGCGACACUGGCUGGAAGCAUAGGCAUGUACUGGACUGUUAAUCCAACCGCAGCCGCACUCUUAGCACCGACGCAGGUAUGGGCCACUAUUGCGGCGGCGCUGAACUAUCAGAGCUGGGCCUUGAACCCCGAUAUGGAUGCGGAUGGUUAG